UGAGCUCUCAAUCACUCAAUAAAUCAAGCUCAAAUCACGCCAUGUCAAUUGAUAAAUCUUGGAUUGGCAAGCCAAGAAAUACUCCUGAAUAUGUAGAUGGGGUUAGAAACUUUCUGAAUUUUGCCUUUGAGUAUGGAUCUAUUGACGGACAUGUAAUUAAGUGUCCAUGUUCGAGGUGUGGCUUCAAUAAGUGGCAUGAAAGAGAUGUUGUUCAAGAACACUUAACUUUAAAGCCUUUUCCAGAAAAUUAUAAAUUUUGGUAUUUGCAUGGUGAAAAUUCAAAUGCAACUAUAACACAAACAUUUCAGAGUACACGUGCUGUAGAAGAGACCUUGCAGCCCCAUAGUCCAAUGGAAUUCAUGGUUAAUAAUGCGUCUAGGUUCAUUGAAAACAAUAUCAAUGUACCUGAUGUGUCUUGUGAGCCUAUAAAUGGAGAAAAAAUAUUAAAAAAAGAGCAUACUGAAAGGCAGGAUGAAGAUUAUGCCAAGUUAUUUGAAUUGAUUGAAGAUGGCAAGCAACCAUUAUACGAAGGGUGUAAGAAGUAUUCCAAAUUGUCCUUUCUAAUCAGAUUGUAUCACAUAAAGUGUUUGUGCCGAAUGACUGACAAAGCGAUGGGUAUGAUAUUGGAAUUGUUAAAAGAUGCCUUUGAAGAUGCCAAGAUUCCUGCUUCAUUUUAUGAGGCCAAGAAAACCAUCAAUAAACUUGGUCUUAAUUAUACCAAGAUACAUGCUUGCCCAAAUGACUGUAUGUUAUAUUUUGGAAAAGACGAUGAAGGCUUGCAAGAAUGCAAAAAAUGCAAGACAUCUAGAUGGAAAGAUAAAAAUAAAAAGCAACCUGCAAAGAUUUUGCGUUACUUUCCACUAAAGCCAAGGCUGCAAAGACUGUACAUGUGCUCUAAAACUGCUGAAUCUAUGAGAUGGCAUUUUUUUGGGGGUAAUCAAGAUGGAUUGAUGAGACAUCCCAGGGAUUCUCAGGCUUGGAAAACAUUUGACUUGCUUCAUCCUGAAUUUGCUACGGACCCUCGAAAUGUACGGCUAGGCCUAGCUAGUGAUGGUUUUAAUCCCUUUGGAGCAAUGUCAACAACCUAUAGUAUUUGGCCAGUGAUUCUUAUUCCAUACAAUCGUCCUCCUUGGGAAUGCAUGAAGCAAUCUUCAUUCAUUCUCUCAAUGAUCAUUCCAGGAAAAAAAAUGCCAGGAAAUGACAUAGAUGUCUACUUACAACCUCUUAUCCAAGAGUUGAGGGAAUUGUGGUACGAUGGAGUACAAACAUUUGAUUCUUCAAAAAAAGAAACAUUUAAAAUGCGUGCAGCUUUAAUGUGGACAAUUAGUGAUUUUCCCGGGCUCGGUAACUUAUCUGGAUGGAACACAUACACUGAGUUUGCUUGCCCCACAUGUAAUUUUGCUACUGAUUCUUAUAGGUUGAUUCAUAGUAGAAAAUGGUGUUUUAUGGGACAUCGUCGUUUUCUUGAAAGUGGCCAUCGGUUUAGAUUACAACGACUUCGUUUUAAUGGAAAAAUCGAGCAACGGGAGCCACCAAUUACAUUAUCAGGAUCAGACAUCUUGAAACAAAUGGAGGGCAUUCCAGUUAAUUUUAGGAAAAAACCCGAGAUGAAUAAUAAGCGCAAAAGAGCUAAAGGAAAACUUGUUAAAGAUGAAUCGAGACAAUGGAGAAAGAGAAGCAUAUUUUUUGACCUUCCUUAUUGGGAAUCUAACUUGUUGCGUCAUAAUCUAGAUGUUAUGCACAUUGAGAAGAAUGUGUGUGAGAAUUUGAUAUACACUUUGCUUAGUGAUUCUGAAAAAUCAAAAGACAAUCCUCAAGCUCGAAAGGAUCUUAAAGAAAUGGGUAUAAGACAAGAACUUUGGCUAGAUGAGAAUGGAAAUUAUAAGCCUUCUUUGUUUACUAUUUCAAAUACAAAGAAAAAUGGUUUUAAGAAAGAUGUAUUUUUGAGAACUUUAAAGAAUGUCAAAAUGCCUGAUGCAUAUGCAAGCAACAUUUCGAGAUGUAUUGAUUUGAAACAACGAAAGAUCUUUGGAAUGAAGAGUCAUGACUUUCACAUUCUCAUGGAACAGUUGUUACCAAUUGCAAUACGUAAAGUUUUACCUGAUAAGGUGACUGCCGUGCUAAUGGAGUUGAGUUCGUUCUUUCGACAACUAUGUGCCAAAAACUUAAGUCUGUCAGACCUUGACAAGCUGCAGUCUGGAUAUGUUCACACUAUUAACCACUUAGAAAUAUUAUUUCCUCCCACAUUCUUUACAAUCAUGGUUCAUUUGACUUGUCAGCUAGUCGCUGAAGCAAAACUUGGGGGUCCAGUGCAGUUUCGGUGGAUGUAUGCUAUUGAAAGGUAUUUAGGACACUUGAAGUCCUUUGUGCGAAACAUGUCACAACCAGAAGCUUGCAUAGCUGAAGGACACGUUGCUGAAGACGCUCUUAACUUUUUUUCUCAAUAUCUUGAAGAGAUCGAGACAAGAACUAAUAGGCCACGCCGUGUUAACGAUUAUCCUGAGGACAGAGGCUCAACAAAUUCUAGUAUUUUUCCACCAGUUGGUAAAGGAGUAGGAGCUGAAACAUUUGAGUUGUCACCUAUGGUGAAACGCCAAGCACAUCGAUAUGUGGUACUCAAUUGUCCACAAGUCAUGCCAUUCAUUGCGUAA